AAACAUAUUUUGUUUAACUGAUGAGUUUAUAAGGUAAUGAAUUUCUCACCCUAACAGACUGUAUGACAUAUUGGUGCUUAAUUGCAUGUUUUGACAUGCAGAAUUAUUGUCCCUUUUACACAUUUACAGCAUAUCACCUUUUGUUUUUACCCAUGUUUUCAGAGUGGUUCAUGUCUUGACUGAGGCUAACCACUGUCUGAAGUGGAUUGGUGUUGAAUGGUCAGUGGUGCUCAUUGAGGCAGGUGCUACUUCUCAGAGAUGGAGCAGUGAUAAACUACACAGGCACAAUCUGGCAAGCGCACCCAACAGAGUGGGGCACUAGUCAUAUGACCACAGCGGUAUCAAUUGCACAAGCAGCAGGAAGUCAGUCAGCUUUUCAGUCUUUGUGGGAGAGAAGGUGACAAUGUCGCAUUAGUUCCUUUGAGGCACAGGUGGAACAGCAGAGGGGUCAAGGAGGGACGAGACUGGUGGAGCGGUAUUCUGUGCCAUAUGCCCAAGGGGCACAGGAAAUGGCGAACCUCUGGAUACUUACAAGUGUUUGCCUGCUGGCCCUCUCCGUCACCUGUAAGGCAACCAAUGAGUACAGAAGUGAAUAUCAUGGCCUGGGAAAGAGUGUUAAUCUGACAUGUAUGAAUAAGACAUGGAGUGACAUGCUCUACAUCAUCUGGAAGCUAAAUAUGAGAGGAACUAAUUGCAGAAUUACAGCUGGUAUUGAUGAGGCUGCACAUGACACAUGUAAGGACGGAAAAGUAUUACGCAACACAACAACUGGACAAUCCUACCUGCACGUUCCUAAUUUUAAAAACGAGGAUGAAGGAAUUUAUUCCUGUGAGACGGCCUUUCUUGGUUCAAGCUAUGCAGUUCAAAUCAAUGUAUCUGCUUUUGUUCCUCCACAGAUAUCCACCAGGCUGGACAUCAGGGAUGGUAAGAGAGAGGCUGUGUGCUCAGCUGCUGGGGGUAAACCAGCUGCCUCUGUCUCAUGGAGAAACACAUGGAACUGCAAUGUGACCCAGAGCUCCAGACAGAACUCCGAUGGCUCCUUCACUGUGGAGAGCAGAUUCAUCCUGCCAGACCCUGUCGAUGCUGACAACCUGAGCUGCAUCAUCACACACCCCAGCUGGGGAGAGAGAUUGGGGAUUCUCUUAACUUCUGAUCAGAGAGAACCACGUCUUUUCCAGUGGAUCAUUGUUGCGUUGGGUUCCAUCAGCUUUGCAGUGGCUGUUCUGGCUGGAUUAUAUAUCACACGGAAACAUCUUGGGAAAUUGAGAAAUUGCUGCAAGUCCAAAAUUUCUGCAUCCCCUCCACCCAAAACACCGCAGCCACAGGAUGUGGAGGAGGUGGAGCCCUACGCCAGUUAUGUGCAGCGUGUGAACUCCAUAUACAACUCCUCAGCUGAGCUCUGCAACGCCUAGAGCAACUCUCAGAAGCUGCUCUGCCAGCACUUUUCACUGCAAGAAACACAACCACAGACAGACAGAGGGGAAAGCUGGAGCACGAAGGAGGGCACUGCAGUCAGCCACUUCAAACUCCCAUGCACAAAACGCAUCUAGACCUAAACCCAGGACAUUGCUGGACAGCGAUCCUCCUUGGAGCUAGUGAUUACUGAUGUGUGAUGUGUUCUUUUGCAUGAGAACCAGGAAAUGGAGGAUUUUUUUUUAUCUGAAAGGGGACCAAUGUUCAUAUGAACAAGUGACAGAGAACAAUCGCAAAGCCACAUGAAAAACCUACUUUGACUGCAUACAAAAAAUGUCUGAUUUCCAACAUUUCAAACUGCACUGGGGUUCAAACAAAAGUGUGUCCCUUGCAACACUGGGUGGGGUGGACUUGUAUAGGGUGGACACACAACAGCAUGAAAAUUUAACUGUCAAACUGUAGGAACAAGGUAAUUUAAAAAAAAACUGCAUGGACAGCUGUGAUUGGUUGCCAAGCUGUUCCCUCCAAGCCCCCCUGAAAAGAGAGGAACAGGAAUACGGGACAGAAAUGUUUUCAUGAAUCUGAUCAAAGGAACAAAGGAUGUAUUUAAGAAGCAACCUCAUAGUCUGGUAUUUAUUUUUAACACAAUAUUCACCUUUUUUUAAAUCAUUUUGUUGUGAAUGGUUACUAUGUGGGAUAUCACUGUGUAUUCAGUUUGCUUUGUUUUCUGUAUGAUCAGUAGACACUGGGCAAAAGUGCAAUUUCACUUGUUUUCUUCAAAGCCACCAUUUACUGAAAAAAUCCCAUAGCCUCAUAAUACUUCUAUUGUUCUUUCACCACUUUAGAAGAAUGAUUAUGAAUGAUUUUAAAUCUAAAUGUUGCGUGGUAAUAAAAUGCUUUUUU